CAAUGGGCUACAUUUGCUCGAACCUGGUACCUUUUAGAUGGAUGGAUGCAACCGCCAGGAAAACUUGCAGCCAUUGCAAGUGUCCGUCUGGAGGGAAAGCAUAAGCCGAUAUACCAUGCACUGAGUGACCUUGGGGACCAUGUCGUCAUUAUUAACACAAGGCAUGUUGCUUUUUCUGGAAACAAAUGGGAGCAGAAGGUGUACUCAUCACAUACUGGAUACCCUGGUGGCUUCCUGCAACUUACAGCUGCUCAGCUACAUAAAAAAGAUCCAACAGCAAUUGUAAAACUGGCCAUUUAUGGAAUGCUCCCAAAGAAUCUUCACAGAAGAACUAUGAUGCAAAGGCUACAUCUCUUUCCUGAUAAUGUUAUUCCUGAAGACAUUCGUAAGAAUCUGGUAGAGGAGCUUCCGCAGCCCCGCAACGUGCCCAAGAAGCUAAAUGAAUACACACAAGAGGAAAUAGAUGCUUUCCCAAAGAUCUGGACUCCGCCUGAAGACUUUCGACCAAUGUAAUAGGAAGAAUGUAAAAAAGUUGAAGAGAAGCUUAUUACUUUGUCAUGUCAGGAACCUCCCAGAAUUUUACAGUAUGGCUGUUUGCAUAAGCAUUGGAUUACCUACUUUAAAUUAUUUUUAUGUAUUACUGAUUUUUAAAAAAAAUCUUUAAUAAGAUGCAAAGCUAAGACUACAGUUGGUACAUUUUUCUUUUUGUUAUAUCCUCCUUUUUGGUGGGGAGAGAGAGAGAGCA